AAAUUAUUAUCUGUGCGGGCUCAGAUGUGACUCAUCAAAUUUCCCGCCAUUUCUGCCCUCGGGAACGCUCACCGCUUUACUGCGCAAAUGUCUAUUCAGUUAGCGCGUCAUUUUUGCUGAAAAUAGGUGGAUAUCUAUUUUCAUAAUAGUUUGUCUUUUCAUUUUUGCGUUCGAACCAGUGUUGUGAAAAGUGAGUUACCGGCGGACCUAGACUAUAAGCGAGGAGGGUUUCAAGUAAAACUUCCUUGGGCUAGAGAACUCAGUAAUAAUAAUUAAGAAUACUAUUUUUGUACGCUAGACGUAUGGUGAUUUGAAGAGGUUCUAGUUCUUUUUGCACGUAUUUUACGAGUUCUGUAAUCUCGGAUAAAUCUACACGAUGCUUAUCUUGAUAGGAAAUGGAGCGGGAAGAUUUAGAUACGUAUUGUUUCUUUUAUUUCAAUAUAUCAACAAGGUGCUCUUAGUGUAGAUCUUUUUAACCCUUUGAGGGCGAACUUACUUGCAAAAUUCUAUUCGAAAAUUAAUAAUAAGAAUAAUCUAAAAUGAUUUCAAUUUUCUUUGUGGGCCUUAAGCUUUUUUUCUCCCUGUAAGUGUAAAUAUAACUAUCUUGUAACUUUAAGCUUUAUUUGUGAGAAGACUCUUCCAUAAAAUACCAUUAUAGCGCCAGACCAAGUGGCCCCUUUUGGUAAAUAAUGUCCCUUCAAACGAUUUUCUCGAUAAAAUGGGCAAAAAGACAGGAUAUGCCAUUUAAGUUGGUAAUGUAAAAAUGGAGAGACUUUAAAUCUUUGGUUGAUGAAUCAUCUACCGAUUACUUGAACAAAAUUUGAACUACUAAAAUUUGAAGUAUUUUUUUUUCCCGAUAAUCCGUUCAAAAUUGUAGUAAAUGCUUAUAUCGAUGACACUUUAGAAAAUCCGUUUUUCCCUGUUGUGAACGAGUUACCAAAUUGAAUCCCGGAUCUUUGUCGAUAACCGACCUCAAUGGCGGGUCUACCGAACCGUCUCAUAUUCAGCCACUAAGAUUCGGUCAUAAUUCCACCGGCAUUACAGAAAAUAAAUCAAUAAAAAAAUCUAAAUGGCACGAAAACCUUGCAAAUAUUUUCCAGCCUACUUUUUUCUUGAGUACGUAAUUUCAUGGACUGUUCUUUUUUCAUAGCGCUGUUAGAGCUUUUUAUUAUUAACUAGUAAGUCAUCCAUUUGCUGUCAGGUUUUUUUUUCACCUGCGUCAAGUUGUGCGCAUGCGUAGAAGACACAAGCGCGUGACACGCCAAUAACGGGAAGUGCUUCUGUUUUUACGAUAAAAGUGUUUGUGGCUUAUGAUAAAAGUGUUUGCUGCUGAUGUUUUUCUCGUGUUAAAUACCGUGUGGCUCGCAAUCCUGAUAAAGACAGCGCUCUACGAACAACUCUCGCACGUGCCUCCCGACACUAAGUUACGCAACGCGGUAAACAAUUAAUGCGUAAGGGAAGGCUUAUGUUAUGCAAAUCAGCCCCAGGAAGGCCGGGGCAGGUGCUGAGGGCUAGAUCUGCGCUUGCGCGACCUACAGGUACACUUCAAUCGCAGUAUAACCGGCUAGUGUGGAUUGUAUUUUAAAAGGGACUACCGCACUAUCCAAUUGUCCAGGCACAAUGAAUGGCUGAUGUUUUCUAUUGAACUCCCUAAAUAUUCAUCGUUAUAAUUGUUGCUUUUUUUAAUUCCUUCUCAGAUUGGUUUGAAGGACACGGAAAUUGUAAGCCAGUUGACGCAAAUGUAUGUGCUUCAGUAUAAUAGAUUGAUUCAAAGCAAAUCGAUUUACUCCAAUGCGUAGGGGAAAACAUUACACUCGUCUCGCGCAUUCUAGGAAUUCAUGUUCACCGCGGAAGGAGAGAAUGGGAAGGCGAUUUAGAGAAUUGCCAGUUGAUGCGCACCCCGAGAGGCGACUUAAGUAACAGACGCAUUUGAUUAAUAAAGUGCUGGAGGAGAGAUGAAUCGACAGCCGUCGGCGUGCACGACCCACGGAGACAUGGAGGAAACUCACUCCGUACUCGAAGAACAGACAAAUGCGGGAGAUAGAGUCGUCAUAAAUGUUGGUGGACAAAAACAUGAGACUUACAUAGGGACCUUAAAAAACAUCCCCGAUACUCGACUCUACUGGAUUACAGAGAACGGGACCCAGUUACCAGAGUUUGAUCCUAACACCUCGGAGUUCUUCUUUGACCGUCAUCCGGGUGUAUUUGCGCAGGUCUUGAAUUUCUACAGGACUGGCAAGUUGCAUUGUCCGAAUGAUGUGUGCGGACCAUUGUUUGAGGACGAGUUGGCAUUUUGGGGGAUAGAUGAGCUACAGGUUGAGCCAUGCUGCUGGCUAAACUAUAAACAGCACCGAGAGGCCCAGGCAAACCUAGACCCCUUCGAUCACCACGACUCCGACAACGAGAGCGUUGGCGAUAUGGACAUGUCGGUGUACGGGCUGGUGGCGGACUCGAUACGACAGAGGAACAGAACAUGGUGGAAGAAAUACCAACCACGCAUUUGGACAAUGUUUGAGGAACCGUACUCAUCGAUCCCAGCACAGGUUUUGGCGUUUAUAACCAUGUUCCUUAUCAUCUCUUCAGUCUGCCUGUUUUGUCUGGAGACCGUGCCAAAGUUCGAUAACCCCAAGACGAGCGAAGGAUUUGUUCUGUACAUUCUAGAGGCUGUCUGUGUGGCGUGGUUCACCCUGGAGUUUCUGGUCCGUCUAAUCUUCUGUCCAGAUAAACUAAGCUUUUUCAAGAAGCCAAUGAACUGGAUAGACUUGGGAGCCAUUUUACCGUUUUACUUGACGUUAAUUGUUCGAGAGUCAAACUUCAAAACCAUCGUGGUGCUUCGCGUCGUGCGAUUAAUCCGUGUGUUCCGUAUCUUCAAGUUGUCGCGUCACUCGUAUGGGCUGCAGAUCCUCGGCCACACUCUGCGUUCAAGUUGCAGCGAACUCUUCCUCCUCGUUUUCUUCCUCACCAUCGGCGUCGUGAUCUUCUCCAGUGUCAUAUUCUACGCAGAGAAAGACACAAAAGGCACGCACUUCACCACAAUACCACACACUUUCUGGUGGGCCGUUGUUACCAUGACUACUCUAGGCUAUGGUGACAUGGUCCCGAUCACAUGGCAGGGUCAAAUAGUGGGAUCUCUGUGCGCUGUUUGCGGAGUACUGAUGAUAGCACUUCCGGUUCCGGUCAUUGUGAGCAACUUCUCGUUGUAUUACUCACAUGCGAAGGCACGCAUGAAGUUGCCACGACGUAAGCGGCCUGUGAUAUUCGGCGCGGCGAGCGCAUUGCGUGUUGCUCAGCCUGUUGUCUCAAGCCAGAGUCACCAGGAAAACCACAAUGUGAUAACCCAGCUGAUCGAGGAUGGUAUUCGUAUUAAUAAUGACUCGGACUCAGACGAUGAAAGGGCGAUAAAUCGAUCGUAUUGGAACUCCGGCCGACGCAGCCCGCGUCAUAGCAGACCCUCAUCUCCGCGCUGUCGCACCCCAAGAAACAAUAUCUUCACCACGCCUAUGAUAACAAGCACCUCCGCCUCCCCCAGGGGAUCUAUGGCGCCUCCCCCAGAAUCGUACAAAAGCAGAAACAAACUGAUUGUACCAUCGAUUGAAGAAGAAAUUCAAAUGAGCGAGUGUCAUCAGCGGGAGGACUCUUUACCGGCCUCUGAAGUGGAUGGUGCUGCUGGCCUGUCGGUACUGCCGACAAAGAGUGAGUCGUCAUCGUGUGCAUUGACAACCACACCAUCGUGUGCCUUGACGACCACAUCCUUGCACCCGGGUACCUUGGCCACAUUCGCCUCCAGUCCAUCUCUCCCGGUCAGCCCCCUGGUGUCUUCUCAUUCCGCGAUUCCUUCUCGUGCCAAGUCCCCACUUUCCCUCACGAUCAGCGAUGGGGACAGUGCAAGCACGUGUUCGGAGGUCAAAUCACCUAUAGAUAAAAUUCGCUCCAUGCCUUCGAAGUCGUUGUCUUCAGAAUCGACUACAGGCUCGCCACGUGGUCGCCGAGGGCGCCGAGGCAGUCUCUACAUUGUCGGAUACACUGCUAAACACUGGCAGAACAAGGCUUUAAAGAAGCCACAUGUGACGUCACAGAAAGCGCGCGAAAGUGGUGCUAACGGGUCGAUCAAGAGUCCCGCAAAAUCGCCUGUUUGUAAAAACUGUAGCCAGUCCUCACGGUCAGACUCAACCGACGCAGCAACAAACUCAAAAUUAACAGCUGAAGCUACAAGCCCCAAGGAUUUCUCGUCUAUGGGAGAUACAAAUGGUAAACUGUACACACAUCACCCGGAACUUGCGCGUGUCUCGUCCGGUACUCAGACUGAGGAAGACAAAGCUGAUUCUCUGAGGGUCCAUCCGUCUGCCCAUCACGUCAGACACAUGUCUGUUGAAAGCACAGACUCGACAAAGAUGUCUGAUGACUCGUUAGCCGUUUACGGAGAGCGAGUACGGCGUGGGUCCUCACCACUUAUUCGCCAACACGCAAUUUUCACGUUUGAUCGGAACGACUCUCGAGAUGAGGGCGGAAUAAAAGGGUCGCCAGUCAAGAGCAGGUAUCCCACUGGUCGACGUAGUACUGGCUCUGUCCGCAAGAAAUCGCCGACGAACUCAGACCAGCAUUGUGACAGCAAGGGGUGUCCGACCUCGGCAAGGGAUGUCCGACCUCACUCUCUACCUUCGGGCUAUAUUAACCAUUCCUACCAGGGGGAAGAAGAGGACUCUUUGCCGUCCAGACUUUCUAAGGAUGUCGUAACCACGCCUGCGAGUAACAGAGACACUAAAAAAGGCUUCCAGCCAUAUGUCAGAUCGAGUAAUGCACCCACACAGAAACGGCUGUCACGCAACAACUCAGCACCCCGCUACCAAUCUAGCCACCCGCACCUCGAAGCUGUACGGACGUACUCCUUGCCUUUUGACUCGGUUAAUCACUCUUUUCCUCUCGCUAAUAACUCGCUCACUGUGCCAGUCACACACUUACGACACCUUGCUAUUACGAAACAACAAGCGCGCCAAAAAGACCAGGAAAACUUCGUUCCAUUAUUGCAAAGGCGGCAGGCACCUCUUCUCUUUGUGCGAGUAGUGUCUCAAGUACUCGAAACAGGCAGAACAACGUCCCCUUCUUGGGACUACAGACCGGAUAUGUCACCCUUCCAUGGCACGCUAACGUCACCGUCUGGCAACGUGUACGUCGCUACUACUGACGAAUUUACUUCUGGUCAUGCAAGCGGCUUAUCUUCCGCCGCGAGUAGUGGCUUCACGUCUGCGCCCGGCAGCGAAACCUCCGAUGGGGGAUUUAUAUUUCCGCGGUAUUUCUCUUACAGCAGCUCUCCUUCCUCUCUCCUCGAGGCCGCGUCAAGCAAUGUGGGGCGAAACAUGCGUGAUACCGGUACCUCUCCCGUGUCUUUCCAUCAAGAUCCACCGUCGUUAUCCUCCUCGGGCCAAGGCACUUUCCAGCCUAAAGUUCGGAAACGAAGCCUGAGUGCGCCAGCGUUAGGGAAGGUCCCGGGAGAGCUAGAGCAAAGGGCAAGGUCGGUUGAAUAUGAGUUAUCGCCUGUGUCAUCGGCGAGAGAUUCGUCUGGGCGAGAGUACUCUGUUUACGCCAUGCCCACCGAGCUACAGAGAAUUCUGCUUGUUUCACCCGAAACCCCUGGGAAUCGGGGAAACGAAUACGAGAGAGAGCUGAGAGAUGGAAAAGAUAAGGCGGAAGGGGCUUGUAGGAAAACACAAGAUGGCGACAAGAUGGUGACCAAACGCGAAACUUCGCCUACUAUUAUCAUCAACCGAUCUUCCACCGAACACAGCAGUAUGGAGCAGCCCGAUGGAUCGAGCAAUACAUUGACCAUUAUACAAAAGGACCCUAACAGUCAGGGCUCUCGAGCUUUACAUGUCACGAAGUCUCCCGUUUUCGAAAGUAAAUCUGAUCCCACGUUAUUACAAUCGGGCCUAGUCCACGCCGAGGCGCUCCACAGGGACGCUGAUUAUCGACACAGCUACCCCACCACACACCCGCACCAUAACUCCCCGCAUAGGCUAGAGCGUUCCGAUCAUCACGUGAUUUACAAUGGUCACGAUUCACCGCAUCGUUCUUCUAACGACGUGUUUCAAGUGGACAGGCGCAGAAAUUUGGCCUCACCGGACAGGCAGCGAGUGCGAGCGAUGUUCUUUGGUGACUCCGGUAUCAGUAGUGCGGACAGCAGUAGCGUGACGUCAAUGACAUAUUCAAUGGAGUCGGAGAUCGAGAGGGAGUGUGGCGAGAAGUUGACCGGAAAUAGCGCGUUAAACCCAAUAAGGGAGAUAGAGGCAGAGAACCCUGCGUCACUUCCGGUCUCGUUACCAACUGAGCGCCAGGCCGCGGCUUUUGAAUCUACUACCAAGCCUCCACAGGAUUUUCGAGAUGGAGCCUUGAGUCAGCAGAACAGUAAAAGUAGUAGUACGUCAUCCUCAAGUAAACUUCAACAGGCUUCUCAAAGUCACUCUCUCGACGACCUUAAUCGGCAGAACCCAGCGAUUAGAACUAAACCUGACAAGAGCUCUAAGCUCAACAAAACAAUCUUAGAUAGAGAAAUGCGUAUCUUAGACAUUCUAAGCAACUCAGACCUGUGUGAGACUAGCGUAGUAUAAUAAUUUAUACCUAUCUUAGGAAUUCUAAACACUUCAGAUCUGUUUGAGACUAGCAUACCUAGACAUUCUGGACACUUCAGAUCUGUUUGCGACUAGCGUAGUAUAAUAAUUUCUACCUAUCUCAGACAUGCCUAAACCAUGAUCAGAGUGUUAUCCCAAGCGUCGGUGCGGCGAAGUAUUUGUCAGCGGUACCGGCUAUGAUCACGUGGUAUGCUCGCCGAGAUUUGCGCUGUUCGCAGGUACCGGUAUGCAAAAGGCCGAACCUGGAGUUGUCAUCGAGUCCUAUUUCUGACUGUGUCUUAGUAAUAAGAACUCUGUAUCCUACCAAGCACUAAGCCAUGUGACAAUAACAAUGAAGAAUGUCAUACCUUUA